CCAAUUUUCGGCCUCCCGCGUUCCCUUGUUAUAGGUAAAAUAAAACGACGACGCAGGAAAAGAAAGCCGUCCACACUACAGCGCUUUUAGAACAUUCUCGUCGUCGCUGUUUCUUCCGAUUAGAGGACAUCGGUGGUUCUUUCGUGGUAGGGCUUUAAGUCAGAUCUAGAUACAGCUAUGUCUGGCAACUCAAAUUGCACUGUUUAUGUAGGCAAUCUGGAUGAGAGGGUGACAGACAGGGUCUUGUAUGAUAUUUUAAUUCAAGCAGGACGAGUGGUAGACUUGCACAUUCCUAAAGAUAAGGAAUCAGAGAAACCAAAAGGUUAUGCCUUUGUGGAAUAUGAAACCGAGGAGAUUGCAGACUAUGCUGUCAGGCUUUUCUCAGGCCUUGUAACGCUGUACAACAGAACACUGAAGUUUGCGAUAUCUGGGAAAGACAAAACUACCCCUAAUGGUUCUGCAACAAUUACACCCACAUCCAAUUCUUCUCAACGACCAAGGCCUUACCCAGUGCCAAUAAUUAAUUCAGAAAAUUUUCAACACUCCGCUAGGAUAUCAACACCUGAUCGAUUUUCAGAUUAUGCAGUAAAUUAUUCCCAAGUUUCUCCUCGUGUAACUGACCAAUCUAGUGGGUAUGGAUCUCACUACAGUGGCAACAAUUAUGAAUACAGUCGGAGAGCUUUUGGGGCAUCAUUGGAUAGCAUCAGCCGAUCUAGGUCACGCCGCUAAGAUAGAAGUAGUCCAAUCUCUUAGCCAUCUUAUAUGAGAUAUUAAACUUUCAUCAAAUAUUAGUUAUAAGUGUUAGAAGAAUGGAAAUGGGAAAUAUUCAAUAUCUAGUGGAAUGCAUAUGCUUUAAGCAAAGCCAUUGUUGUAGGUCUACCUAUGUACUUCAUUAUCCAGGUGGGUUGGUGCUUAUGAGCUUAACGAUUGUGUUUCCCUUAUUAGUGAAGAAUUCUUUCUAUUUACUUCAGUAGGUUAAACUCUAAAAUGUACAGAUUUCUUGCU